CGCCUAAUCUGUCUCCUCUCUGCCAAAUUAGUAGUAACCGCCUUCAAUUCCCUCUCUCUCGCUUCUCCAUCUGCGCCUAAUCUGUCUCCUCUCUGCGAAAUUAGUAGUAACCGCCUUCAAUUCCCUAACCCUCUCUCCUCCAUCUGCGCCUGACUCCUUUUUAUUCGCUUGCUGAGCAUGACUUCUUUGUCACAAAUAGAAAGUCGAAUCCAUCGCAUCAAAUAGAAGGGACGAAUCGUUUACUUAUUCAUUCAUUGAGCACUGGCCUGAUCCAGUUCCAAGAAACCAACCCUAUAAGAGAAGGUAUAGUUGGCUGUACUCAUUCUUACCUCUUAGUGAUCACUCAUCAACCCCAAGCAGGAAAGGCCUUCUUUGUACGGCGAAUCGCCAAUAGAAUUCAAAUCUGACUGUGGUCCAUACUUCGCAUCCAAGGGGCACUCCUGCCCAUAGAGCAUCAUCUUUCUCCCCCAUCUGCGCCUGAUCUCUCUCCUCCAUCUCCGGCCCUCUUCUCUGCUAUGGCCGCCACCACAAAAAAGCUCUAUGUAUGGGUUAACGGCUAUGGUAAUAACGGAGGUGAUGAUGGUAAGUAUCUGCCUUGCAUCAACGUCGAAUUCAACUUCCGUGUGGAGCAGACUUAUCAAAGCAGAACCAGAGGCCUCAUCACCCGACACGGUAUCGGAGAGAUCUCAUCACGACGUCCAUACAAGUACUUCACCUAUGAUUUGCUCUACACAAUGAUCCAUGGCAUGAAAAUCCCCUUCCCUUUAGAGAAGAUGCUCUGUGAGCCAACUGAGUUGGAGAACACCAACGACCUAAUCCUGCAUGUUUUGGACGUGGCUAGUUGCACGGUCAAUAGAUUUUGCAACUCCGGUCAGAAGCUAUUCAGAUUGGACAUAUACAUUGUUAAUAGACUGAUUUUACCCCAUGCUGAAUUUGAAGCAAUAAACCUUGCAAAGGAGCAGGUAGAACGUUGGUUUCAACUUCAUCAGAAGGUUAAUCAGAUGAUACUGUCCAAAUCAUUUUCGGACUUUGGUUUGAUCCACGGGGAAAUAGGAAGAAUAGUGAGGGAAACAGCUCAUGAUCAAGAUUUGGAAUUGUCAUUGUUGGAACUAGCUAUGAGGGAGUACUUUCAGGAGACAGUAGAGCCCGUGAGAUUUGAAGGUGACAUUGAUGAUCAUGGUGAGGAGGAGGAGGAAGUACUCUGUGUUAUAUGUAAGGAUGAAAUCCUCGUUGGGUCUCGAGUCAUUCGGAUGGCAUGCUCUCGUAUCUACCAUGUCCAGUGCAUCGCAGAGUGGCUGCCAUUGUGUCGCUUCAAGUCGUCAAUCAACAAGUCUGAGCUACAAAAUAGGAAAAAGAGAUUCUGGAACUUGCUUUAUAUUGCUCUGCUGGGAAUGCUCAUUGCCAGGAUGGAUGAGCUAUGCCACAAACAAUUCAAAUGAACAGUGGGUCCACAUAGACUCCUUCUCAGCGAUGAAUGGAAUUUCUCUCUUUUGUGAAAAUGAUUUCCCAUGGAGGUAUUCUAAAGAAGAAGACAUGCAUCUGGACGAAUUUUGCCAAAGGAAUUUCACCUAUCUUCUGAAUGAGUACCCCAAAAUGAAUGGAUUCAAGUGUUUAUUUACUAUAAACGAGUUCUCUAGAGCUCGUUUUCACAAUGGCUUUCCACCCAUUUUGCUGCUCAGAGAGCCCAAAGUAUUUGUUCAUGGAAAUAUUGCAAACACGGAUGUUAUGCAUAGAAGUUGGCCAGGAUGCUCUUGAUUUAUUGAGGAUAGUAUAUAGUGUAAGAAAUUGAAAUGAUCAAUGAAUUAGUAUACAAAUGAUCAAAAUUCCGACUCUCCAAAGUGCAGCACAUCCUUCAAUGGAUAUUGCCCCUAAUUCUUAUGGAAACUAUAUUUUUGUGAGAAAUUUUCCCGUUUUGAGGUGUAAACAUCAGGGUCCAUCAUAUAUGAGAUUGACAACCCUUUUGAGCUUCAUUGGUGUUAAAUUAUUGCAUGAAAACAUGUCAAUAACUUGGUAUAUUUGGCUUGGGGUUUUGGGGUGGGUUACAUUAAACUUGAAAUGUCUCUGACAGAUUGUAGUUGGAAGGUGUCUUGUCCCCAUAUGUCAAAGGUCUUUGUAAUUUUUAAGAAAAUGGUCACAUAGAAUUUUUUCUUUUUUCUCUAUUUACAGUUUUACCGCUGUGAAUGUUUAUAAUGAGUGUGAGUUCCUGAGUCCAUUACAUAAAUUACAUGCCCUUUAGGCUCUUACACCUUCGCGCGCGCGCACAUGAAUGCAUUUUAUUCUACUAAGAGAGUUCGUUUGAUUUGCUAAAAAAAAAAUAGAUUAUUCCUUGCGCAUGCUGUGCUAAAUUUGCACCUGAAUUUACCUAAAUGUGCCUUGCACUUCUCAUUAAUCUAGUUUUGGUCCCUCUUUAAUCGUACCAGGCUCUGUUCAUUGGGCCGAGUAUAUCGCUUGUUUUGUAACUAUACACUUUUAACUUCCAAAAAAUAUUUAUAAAUGAAACAACCUAUAUUUAUGCGGUUGCAAGUAAGCGGUGCAGUUGACAAAAAAGAGAGUUCUGUGAUUCCAUACAUACAGAUUCAAAUGCUAACGUAACAAAUAUAAAUAGCUGAAUUAGACAGACGAUUGACUUUGACAACAGUUUUUUGGGUUUUAGAAAAUUAAAAACAGAAAACUCAUACUUGAUUCAGUUUUUUGAAAAUUAUUUUCUGAAUUUUUUAAAACUGUUUUUUGAAUUACAAACCAAAUAGGCCUAAGAUUUCUUGCAAGAAAACGCAGUAUAGUUCUGGCAUGUGACCAACUAGCAAGUUACUGUCCAAUUCUCUAAUUAAUUAAGACAUUUUAAUUCAAACAGUAAUUCAUGUGAAUUAAGUUCCCUCAACUAAAUUUUCUCCUAACUAAUUAUUACAGCUUUCGGAUUUGUUUCAUAUGGCAGAAAAACUGAUCCGAGUAAUGGUGUAAUGGUGUAAUCGACGUAGUUUCACCUCUUCCUUGACUGAAGGUUGAGAGUGGGUGUGUGUUUUUCCUACCAAAAAGAAAGAGACAGAACACUUGCUGUCAAAUUCCCCACACCUAAUAAGGACUAGAUUUUCUUUAUACUCCUCAAUAUUCAUUAGUGACUACAUAGAGGCUAUUUUCUUCAAGAACUGCCCUAGCUGUUCUGCCCGACUGUCCUAUAAGACUUUAGAAAGCCCCCACUUCCCUCCCUUUUAGCUACAAUGAUCAUGAUGCCAUUUACAACUUUACUGUGGAAAUCACCAAGGUUUUUUUCCACAGAGAGAGAGGGGGUACACCAUCAGCUCAUUGGCUCUUGAAACCAAUACCAGAGCCAACAUGAUCAGCCAUCUUUAUGAAUUGAUCUAGCAGCCUUGAAAACUUCCCUAGAGAUCUGUUUGCAAUUGCUUACCAUGAACAACCUAAUAUUAAAAAGAUUUCCGAUAAAUCACCAUUUGAAUUUCCAUCAAAGGAUUUGAUCUUGUCUAGUUUAAUAUAGUGUUAGUAUUAAUAUUCUUAAAUUCAUUUACCCAUAGAAUAAGAACAAGGAGGAGAUUCUUAUGUUCCAUAUCUGUAUAAUUUUUUUGUAUUGGGAUUACUAAAGCUGGCAUUCUUACCUUGUCAAAAGGAAAUUGUUGCCAUACUUAAGAAGGGCAUUAGUCAGUGGAUUCUCUCAAACUAAUCUUUGUAAGAAUCUAGCAGAGGAAUACACAAAAAAUCAGAAUAGAAGUUAAUUUUUUUGACAUUUAUAGCCUUGGAAAAAUGGAAUAUAUUCUUGUGGGAAGGGGUAUCUGUAUAUCUUAUAUUUUUGCUGGUACUGGUUUUUAUAAACUUGUAUUUUAAAGUGCCUCAGUGCAGAAAAGUUUUGAUAUGAUGCUUGUAUUUCUUACGUUCUGCAUAAUAUUGCUUAGCUGUUGUGUGCUCAUUUUUGAAACCAUAAGCUAUAUUCAAGGGCUAAAAAUAAGUGCAGGAAAAUAGAAAGAGGAGGGAAAAAAAGAAGUGAAAUGAGAUCCCUACUUAACAAGGCAGUAAAAUUAAGAUGGGGCAGCAUUCUUUCCCAUCUUGUUGUUGAUGACUUUUGCUAUAACUUCUCUAUAUAUCUUAAGUAACCUUUAAU